CCGCGCCCGCGCCCUCGUCCCCCGACCCGGCCGCGGGCUCCAGUCGGCCGGCAGCAUGAGCGGCGGCGGCGACGUGGUGUGCACUGGCUGGCUGAGGAAAUCGCCCCCCGAGAAGAAGUUGAGGCGCUAUGCCUGGAAGAAACGCUGGUUUAUCCUGCGCAGUGGCCGGAUGAGCGGUGACCCAGAUGUUCUGGAAUACUACAAGAAUGAUCACUCCAAGAAGCCCCUGCGGGUCAUCAACCUGAACUUCUGUGAGCAGGUGGAUGCAGGCCUGACCUUCAACAAGAAAGAGCUGCAGGAUAGUUUUGUGUUUGACAUCAAGACCAGUGAGCGCACUUUCUACCUGGUGGCUGAGACAGAGGAGGACAUGAAUAAGUGGGUCCAGAGCAUCUGCCAGAUCUGUGGCUUCAAUCAGGCUGAGGAGAGCACAGACUCCCUAAGAAACAUUUCCUCAGCAAGUCACGGCCCUCGCUCUUCUCCAGCUGAGCUCAACAGCUCCAGUCAGCACCUUCUCAGAGAACGAAAAUCCUCAGCCCCUUCGCACUCCAGCCAGCCAACCUUGUUCACAUUUGAGCCCUCUUUGUCAAACCACAUCCAGCCCACUUUGUCCACCAGUGCACCUCAGGAGUAUCUCUACUUGCAUCAGUGCAUAAGCCGGAGAGCGGAAAAUGCAAGGAGUGCCAGCUUCUCUCAGGGCACCAGGGCCUCAUUUCUCAUGAGGAGCGACACAGCCGUACAGAAACUUGCCCAGGGCAAUGGGCACUGUGUCAACGGGGUCAGCGGUCAAGUCCAUGGCUUCUAUAGCCUUCCCAAGCCUAGCCGGCACAAUACAGAAUUCAGAGACAGUACCUACGACCUCCCCCGGAGCCUGGCCUCUCAUGGCCCCACCAAGGGCAGCCUCACAGGCUCUGAGACAGAUAACGAGGAUGUGUACACCUUCAAGACACCCAGCAACACCCUGUGCCGGGAGUUUGGGGACCUUCUGGUGGACAAUAUGGAUGUUCCGACCACUCCACUCUCAGCCUACCAGAUCCCUAGGACAUUCACGCUGGACAAGAACCACAACGCCAUGGCAGUGGCCACUCCUGGGGACUCAGCCAUAGCUCCUCCACCCCGGCCCCCCAAGCCAAAUCAGGCAGAAACACCUCGUUGGGGCAGCCCUCAGCAGAGACCCCCCAUCAGUGAAAAUAGUAGAUCAGUCUCUGUCGCUGCCACCAUCCCCAGACGCAAUACCCUCCCUGCAAUGGACAAUAGCCGACUUCACCGAGCUUCUUCCUGUGAGACCUACGAGUACCCCCAGCGUGGUAGAGAGAGUGCAGGCCGGUCUGCUGAGUCCAUGAGUGAUGGAGUCAAUUCUUGCCUGCCAGGGAAAACAGUUGUGGGCCGAUCGGAUAGCACCAAUUCUGAAGACAACUACGUACCCAUGAACCCAGGUUCCUCCUCCAUGGUGGCCAUGGAGCGAGCAGGUGAUAAUUCCCAGGGCGUCUAUAUCCCCAUGAGCCCAGGGCCCCAUCACUUCGACUCGCUUGGCUACCCCUCCACAGCCCUUCCUAUGCACCGAGGCCCCAGUCGAGGAAGUGAGAUCCAGCCACCCCCUGUCAACCGCAACCUCAAACCUGACCGGAAAGCAAAGCCAACACCACUUGACCUGAGAAACAACACUGUCAUCGACGAGCUUCCCUUCAAAUCACCUGUCACCAAGUCUUGGUCUAGGGCCAUCCACACCUUCAACUCAAGCUCCUCUCAGUACUGCCGCCCCAUCUCCACGCAGAGCAUCACCAGCACAGACUCAGGAGACAGUGAAGAGAACUAUGUCCCUAUGCAAAACCCAGUGUCUGCAUCUCCUGUUCCCAGCGGCACCAACAGUCCAGCCCCUAAGAAGAGCACUGGCAGCGUCGAUUAUCUGGCCCUGGACUUCCAGCCGAACUCUCCAAGCCCCCACCGCAAGCCAUCCACGUCAUCAGUCACUUCCGACGAGAAAGUGGACUACGUUCAAGUGGACAAGGAGAAGACCCAGGCCCUGCAGAACACCAUGCAGGAGUGGACAGACGUGCGGCAGUCCUCGGAGCCUUCCAAGGGCGCCAAGCUGUGACGCAGGGGCCACUGAGCCCGGGGAGGGGCCAGGAGGCAACAUCUCCAGUGCUGGCUUCUCCCCAUCUCCCUCCCUCUUCGCUCCCAGUGCCCCCUCCCACCCACCUCUUCUUCCACUCCGCCACUCUCAGCCUUCAAAGCACUUGACAUCAGGGACCCUGAACCCUUCUCCUGGGAGGUGAGGGCCUGAUUGAGGCACUUCCUCUGCCCACUCUGGGCCCACCUUUGAUUUUUAUCAGUAAUGGCUAUGCCUCCAUCCACCUUAGUUAGGAGCUAUUGCCAAAAAGCAUCCUUCAGCCUCUUUCUGCCCUUUAGACCUGAAUAUCUACCAGAUGUUGGAGGGAGGGGUUGGGGGUCUGAGCCAGAUUCCACACCUCACGUUCAGUCGCAGCCCUCAGCCAUCUUCCCUCUGGCUACCUGGCCUACCUCUCCUUCAGUCCCAGAAGAGAAGUCCUCUCACUGACCCAGGGAGCCAAGGACCAGCAGACCAAAAUGAGCAUGGGCUUUUUCAUCCCUGCUUUUCUUGAUAAAGAAGAGGAAAAAGCCACUAAAAGAUGAAAUAGUCAAGAAGAAAGGUCGAAGGUGGUCUUGAGGGGCAAAGGGAUUAGAUCCCCAGACACAGCAGGGCAGGUGACAACCUGUAGUGAUCCCCAACUCUCAGGCCAAGGAUGUGGCAGUGUAGCUGCUGCGGGGUGGGAGAGGCAGAAGGAUAGAGGACAAAAGGAAGAGAAGACUGAUGAUGAAAGACCAGGGCUUAGGAAAUUGGGGUGACAAGGACACUGUGGGGUCAGGGUCCCCAGAACUCUUGAGCCACAGGCCCCCGUGCCACUUUCUGAUGCUGCUCUGAAACAGUGUCCUGCUAAACCCCUCCUUGAGAGGCCCCACCAGGCCUGAGAGCACCAUGAUGCAGAGGGCUUGGCCCCGUGCAGGGCGAUGCAGCAGACAGUGUGAGAGUGCCAGCGUGGCUUGGGGAGGCUGAUGGAGAGCUGUGGGCAAAACCUGCAGUGUGCAGGGGUGGGGGCAUGCAGAGAGAGGGUGUGUGGUGUAGAAUGGAAGUGAUGCCGGGAUUCGGGGUCACCCUGUGAUAGGAACUGGCAGAGGCACAGGGCAGUGUGUGGGUACAUCAAGUGUGUCACCACAAGGCGGGCUGUGCAGCAGGGGAGGGCUCAGAGGCAGUGUGACAGAGGGUGAGAUGCAGGGGUUAAGGCCAGUCUGUGGCGGUGGGGGCACAGUGCAGCAAGUGGGGAAAUACAGUGAAAGGACCUGCGGAGCUGUGGGGGACGCAAAGUGAAGCAGAGUGAAAGAGUGAUCUGUCUGUAAGUGUAGCAUAGUGCAUGGUGGCAUGAUAGGAGGGCAGUUCAGAGGAUUGAUGGUCGACAGGUAAAGAAGUUCGAGGGGAAAGAGCAGUGUGGAACUGUGUCCAGAGGAUAGCAUGUGUGUAUUGCUGGCAGCCUGUGCUGUUUGGCUCGGUUUUGUGCCAAGUUCCAGGACUGGUUGCAAGUCUGGCCUGGUGCCAGGCCUAGAGUGUUUUCUACCUCACCUGACCCUCCUGAGGCUUGCUGCCCCCUAGCAUUCCAGGUGCCAUGUGGCACUCAGACUUGGCUACAGGGAAGAGACAGGCCAGUCCUCUCCUUCCAUGGCUUGGAAGGCUAUCAGAUCAGCGACCACCUCCUCCCAUCCCAGCCACUGAAGGGAGGUAGAGCAUUGCCCCAGGCUCGCUCUUUGAAGCCUAAGGGAGGGUGGUAUCUGAAUUUUUAAGUUGAAAGUUCUUAACCAGAUUUUCAAGAGUUUCAUAGGCAACUGGGCAGUGAGACGUUUCAUCCUACCCUGGGGUAAAUAGACCUUCUUCCUCCAAAAAAUGACUUCCCGCUAUGUGUGGUGGGUGUGACUACCAUGUCCCUCCUGUGUAUACACAUGUGCACGCAGAUGCACGCUUCACGCUUCAUGCUUCACCAGACCAAUGGCCUGACCGUUUCCUAAGAUGUUCCAUCCUGGGAGAAAUUUCCUCAAGAAUAGCUCCUCUUCUAGCAUCAGUUCAGAUGAACUCAACGAGCAUUUAUUAAUGGCUGCUGUGGCCAGGAUCUGGGCUAGGCACUAAGGACACAGGAAUUACUCAGACCUUGUCCCGAGGUCACAGUCAAGUGAGGAAAAGGGCAUGAGAUAUUGGUAAUGACCAUAAGAGAGGGAGACCUAAAAUGUUGAUGGGGUGCAGAGGAAGCAAAGACUACUUCUACAGGGAGGUCGGUGCCAGGGGUAGGAGUCAGGAAAUGAUGGAUGGGGAAGAUGGAGAUCGGGGAAGGAGAUUUCUAGGAAAAGAUGUACCUGAAAGCAGGAGCAUCCUGGGGAACCUUGUGCUUUGGGGAAAGACCUUUGGGAGUAUGGGUCCAGCCACUCAGAAGUGAUAGGCCCAUGCCUCUGUGUUCCCAGAGCUGAACUGGUGGUGGGACCAGUGGCUGACACUGGGCAGGUGUGCAGGGUACUGGUUCACUCUGCCCAACCCCAGCAGGCUACAGGUGGGCCCAGGUAUUGAUACUCUCAGUUUCUAUCCCCAGCUGCUUCUCCUUCUGAUACCAGGGUGCCAUACAAAUGUUAGCCUCUUCUGAGUGUACCAUGAUGUGCAUGAAACUGGCUGGAGUGUUCAGAAACAGGUGUUCAAAUCUAAUCUCCAAGGAGCCCUCCUUUCAGCACUUGAUUCUUUUAACUGCCGAAACCCUUAGGGUGGAGUUUGGGGUAGAGAAAGUACAAGAGAAAAGGAUAUUGGCCUUGAAAGCAGAGACUCUGACACACAAGCCCCAAACUACCAGCCAUGUCUAGGAUGCUCCCUAACCUCCCAAAACAAGGAAAAGUUGGCUCAAUUUAAAAAAAAAAACAAAAAACUGGUCCUUUGACCUAUCAGUGUGUCGAAGUCCAGCUCUCCUGGUGGCCUGGCUAGGACUGAAAUCCCAGAAUAGAGAUGCCUUCUCACCCAGCAUAGCUCUCACAAGGACUCAUCCUGCCUGGGGCUCCCCAAAGCAGCAGCCACCCUCACCCACUUAACAUCUCCACUUCUGUAAGAUUAAAGAAGAGUAGGGACAGUGGGCAAAGAAGGGAAUGAGUACGUGCUACAGGAAGAUGGUUUCUUAGGACCCUGGUUUGCCCAUCUGUGGAAUGAGUGGUUAGAUUAGAUGGUCUCAAACCCCUUCUAGGACUGAUGCUCAGCUGUUUAAUGGGGACUCCCUGCUGCUCUGUCACCUCUCCCUUGAGGGUCUGGAUCACCAGGGAUGAACAGCACCCAUAAGCAUUAGCCAGUUAACCCAGUUCCCUCCCUAGCUUGAUUUUGGUAACUUCCAUGUUUGAAAUCAUUAAAAUAUGCCCAAUUCCUUGGACAGAAGCACAACCGUUCAGAACUUAUUGGAGCAUGGGCUCAACCCCAGUCUGCCCUUUGGCCUCUUUACUCUUUCCACUUGGCCUAAGGCCACAGCCUCACACAAUGACCUUGGCCUACCCUACCCCCCCCCCAUGCCCCUUUGACAGAUCUCUGGAAGAAGAGUGCACAGCAAGAGGAAAACUAGCACUUCCUUCCUCUCUCUGGGCCUUCAUCCAUAAAAUGGAGGGCGGGGAGGAAGUGCAGCUGGCCAUGUGAGAUCUAAAGAAGCCUCCUACUGGGGCCAUCUUUCUGGGACUUGGCCAAACUCCUUGGAGCCUGGGGCCACAGUGGGCUGCUUGCUGAGGGGCCCAUUGGAGAUACAGGGCGUCAUGUGAUAUUUGGUGGUGUGUGUUCUUGUGUAUUUGUUGGUUACGUGUGUCUUGAAAUUUAGAAUCAUUUCGCACAUAAUUGUCGCUAUUUGUCGGGAAGAGAAAAUAAUGGGCUAGUAGAAGCCCAGUCUUAAGUUUUUGUCCUGUUGCCAUUUAAAAUUGACGUUUAAUUUUUCAAAUCACUGUUGGUGCCUAAUCACUUAAGUUAUUAAUUUAUUCUUUUUUCUUUAUAAAAAUUUGUAACACAUAUUUAUCUUGUGAGUAGGUCUGGGGGUGGGGUGGGAACGUGUUGAACUGGGUGAUGUUUUUGCUGUGGUGACACAUGGUACAGGCCUGGAGCUUGCAGGUCCCUUUUUACUGUGGUGUUGGAGCAGGACAACAAUAAAGUCCUUAGAAAUGCAAGCCAGAGAGAGCUGCCGAGUCUGCCUUGUCUGAACGGGUGCAGAACGGAUUCCAUACAGACUCAGAUCCCAGGUGGGCGCUCACCAGAGGGCUGACAGCGGCUUCUCCUUCCUCAAGAUAAUAUGUAGGCUUAAACACACGCUCUUGACAAAAAAAAAAAUCACCUCAGAAUCCUUGCUCUCAUGAACCCAGAAAAGUUUUACGUGCAGUCUGCUGCACUUUCAUUUUAAUAGGAAAUAACUCAGUACUUCUCUUGGCUAGAGGCAAAGAUGAAUCCUCUCUACUUUGGAA